AUGAACCGUGUCAUUCUUAUCUCGUUGGGCUUAGUUACCCUUUCAUCAGCCUUCCUUUUCGGAUCUGGAGGAGGAGGAGGAUGUGGAGGAGGAUGUGGAUGUGAAGACACAUCUUGCCUUCCAAAACCACCAAAGCUUGGAUGCCAAAAGAUCUGCUUCUCCAUUCCUACUCUUAAGUUCCCAUCUCCAUGCGGAUGUGGAGGACGUAAGAAGAGAGAAACCAAUGGAGAUGAUACUUGCACUGAUCCUGAGCUCAAAACUCUUAUCACUGAAGGAAUUCGUACCAGCCCAAAGGAUUCUCGUGAUAACAUUCUUGCUGAUUUGAAAAACAAAUUCAAGGCUACCAGAUUCCUCGUAACUUGCGCCGUCGGAAAGACUGAAUUCAAAUCCUCUGCUGAACAAUUCUGUUCUGCUGGAAAUGACGAGCAAACUUGCAUUGUCGUGAAGGCUGUUGACCAAGACUCUGAAUAG